AUGCAUCCAAUUUUUAAUCAAACAAUAUAUAAUUUAUCACUGUCUUUAUAUUUGUUAAAGAAGAUAAAUAAACAAUUUUUCAUAACUUUUUAUUCAAGUACGUGUAUCAAAUGUUACAGUGAAUCGAAUAUAAUAUCGCAAAGUAGUCCAUGGAAGGUACUAUUUUUUGGUACAGAUGAAUUUUCAGUUGAAAGCCUGAAAACCUUACAUAAAAAAUAUAAAGUUAAAGAAAUAGAGCGACUGGAAGUUGUUACUAUAAAUAACAAGAAAGAGAAUGCUGUUACGAAAUAUGCAAAACAAAAUAAAAUUGUUGUAAAUAAAUGGCCAAUUGAAGUCAAUAAAUCAGAAUUUCACAUUGGAAUAGUGAUCUCAUUUGGUCAUCUAAUUCCAUCUAAAAUCAUAAAUGCAUUUCCAUUAGGUAUGUUAAAUGUACAUGGUAGUUUAUUACCAAGGUGGAGAGGAGCAUCUCCAAUAAUAUAUGCAUUAAUAAAUGGAGAUUCACAAACAGGAGUUACAAUACUGAAGAUAAAGCCGAAAAUAUUUGAUGUGGGAGAAAUAAUAUUGCAAAAGCAAGUAGAUAUUGAUGAGCAUGAAACAAUGCCAGAAUUAUAUAUAAAAUUAGCAAAACUUGCAGCAAGUCUUUUAGAAAAAACAUUUGAAAAUUUAUUAGAGUCAUUAAAGUAUGCAAGACCCCAAGAUGAAACAAAUGCAACAUAUGCACCAAAAGUAUCAUUAAAAAUAUCUUUAAUCAAUUGGAAUGAAAUGUCCGCAAGUAAUGUUUAUAACUUACAUCGUGCUCUUUUGAGUUUAUAUCCUUUAUCUACAUCAUUUCAAAAUGUAAAAAUAAAAUUAUUGGAUAUUCAGAAAAUUGAAACAAAUUGGAUAGUAAGAAAUUUUGAAGGAGAAAAACCAGGGACUGCUAUAUAUGAUAAAAAAUAUAGUGCAUUAGUUAUAAAAUGUAAGGAAGGCUUUGUUUCUGUGAAGAAAAUAAUUGUACAAGGAUCGCAGUCCGCACAAUGCCACGAAUAGCCUCUUCUUUUGGGUGACUUUUUAACUGGUGGA